CUUUUCCUGUACUUCGCUUCCUUUUGCCCUCCGACACAAAUCUACCCAGCAGACACAAUGACUUCCCGCGAUGACCUCGUGUACAUGGCCAAGCUCGCCGAGCAGGCAGAACGUUUCGAUGAGAUGGUGGACCACAUGAAGGCCGUCGCCCAGCAACCAAAGGAGCUGUCCGUGGAAGAGCGCAACCUUCUCUCCGUUGCCUACAAGAACGUCAUCGGCUCCCGCCGUGCAUCGUGGAGGGUGAUCAGCUCCAUCGAGGGCAAGGACACCGUGAGCGACCAGUUGCCCCUCAUCCGCGACUAUAAGUCCAAGAUCGAGACGGAGUUGACGGACAUCUGCGACGACAUCCUCAAGAUCAUCGAGGCCGAGCUGAUCCCCAACUCCACCUCCGAGGAGGGCAAGGUGUUCUACUACAAGAUGAAGGGCGACUACCACCGGUAUCUGGCCGAGUUCCAGUCCGCGGAAGACCGCAAGGCGAGCGCGUCGGACGCCCUCGACGCGUACAAGUCUGCCUCGGACUUGGCAAACCAGGAUCUGCCCCCCACGCACCCCAUCCGUCUGGGACUAGCCCUCAACUUCUCCGUCUUCUACUACGAGAUCCUGAACUCCCCGGAGCGCGCGUGCAACUUGGCCAAGGCUGCGUUCGACGAUGCGAUUGCGGAGCUCGACACUCUCUCGGAGGAGUCGUACAAAGACUCGACCCUCAUCAUGCAGCUUCUGCGGGACAACCUUACCCUCUGGACAUCAGACCAGGGAGAGGCAGAAGAGGCACCGGGGAACGCGGAUGGCACCGUUGUUGAGGACCUCUAAUCACACUCCUCUUUUUCAUAUCCGAUCUUGUACGAUGAUGGCUUGUCGGACCCGUUGUUGAUGUUCCCAGUCGUGGCUUGUCGUGUGCAGCCAAGUGGGUUUGUUGUGCGCCCGCCGGUGUAGUAGCGAGGGGGUUGUAUUGUAGUAGGCCGGGACUUUUGGUACAGGAAAGCUGCCGUUUUUCAGCUCUCCCCACAACGCGACCGUUAGGUUCGUCGCGGUUUGUCUUGCUCGAACGAGUCGAGGACUCGUUUUGAGAAGGACAGAACGAUGUGUGGUUCCUUGUAUCUUGUCGUACAAUCGUCUAGUCUCUUUUACUAUAGUUUUGUUUUGGGGAGAGCACUUUUUUUUUCCGGUGGGGGGGAAGGUGUUGAACGGGGCUUUGUAAAGAGGACCAACUGCCGUAACGGGAGGGGAGUGAUUUGACAGGCGUCAAUUUUUGCCUCAGCUAUCGGACAGGAUAUUGAAGAAGUACCUGUCGGAAAUCCUUGAGGGUGAAUGUAGAGAUUGGAAGAACAGGAGAUACUCGAAGUGCCACUUGAGGGUGAUGGCAUCGGGGUAAUUGCCAGAGACGGAGCAAGAAGAGCCACGACUAUCGGGAAAAAAGUUUCUUCCCACGAUCUACAUGCCGUGAUUUAUUUUUAGUCACGUUAGCGGACACCCUAUAACUUGGUUCAUGAGGUGCCGCCUGUUAUUGACCUCUUCGUCACGGCAGCGGGGGUGGGAGGGGGGAUCGCGUUAAUCGGGAGCAGCGUCUUGGUGUACAGGAAGGAAACGAAAAGAAAACUAACAUCAAAUCAAAGGUUUUGUCAUCUUCAAAAUCCGUUACGCGAUUCGAACGGCUUCAUCUAAGCUAGUCGCGUUGGGUCUGCCUGCAAACUGCUUGAUAUUUGGCUAUUCUGUUCCAACAUGCUCGAAAAAGAGGGAAUUCUUCGCCAAGACAGAUGAAUGGAAGCGAUCAUUUCGAUUGAUAUAUCGUUGAGUGGGUAACGUGUCCAAAGCGCUCCCUUCGCGCCGUUUCACAACGACGUGUAUUCACGUCAAACUGCCUCAUCUAUAUAUAUCGCCCCGGUGGUCUAGU